GUUGUGUAACAUCAGACAAAACUCUUUCCCACACAACGCAACGUUCCCAUAACAUUAGAUUCUGCAAAAUCAUGCUUUCGUUUUUUCCUUUUAUUUUUUCUGUCACACCUCUUCAUUUCCCUCUACGCCGAAACUAACUAGGAGGAGUGGCAAGAACACCUGGUUUGGUUUCGUGGGUCAUUUUCAAGUUUUGGUUUUGUUCACUUUUUCUGGGCUUGAUUGACAAGGUAGAGAGAUAGAGAAGGUGGGGUGGCGCUGAUUAGUAGAAAGGUUAUGGCUUUUUGGUUUUGUUGCGGAAAGGCUUCGGAUCGCACAAGACGAGGGAAAGAACAGCCUACAUGGCGAGUGUUUUCUUUGAAGGAAUUACAUUCUGCUACAAAUAAUUUCAAUUAUGAUAACAAGCUUGGAGAAGGGGGCUUUGGUAGUGUCUAUUGGGGCCAACUUUGGGAUGGAUCACAAAUUGCAGUGAAAAGACUGAAAGUUUGGAGCAACAAAGCAGAGAUGGAAUUUACCGUCGAAGUUGAAAUAUUGGCAAGAAUACGACACAAGAAUCUUCUCAGUCUACGUGGCUAUUGUGCUGAAGGACAAGAACGGUUAAUUGUGUAUGAAUAUAUGUCAAAUAUGAGUCUGCUCUCCCAUCUUCAUGGGCAUCAAUCGUCUGAAUGCCUUCUUGAUUGGAAUAGGCGGAUGAAUAUUGCAAUUGGGUCUGCUGAGGGAAUUGUAUAUCUUCACCACCAAGCAACACCACAUAUCAUCCACAGAGAUAUUAAAGCAAGCAACGUGUUGCUGGAUUCAGAUUUCCAGGCCCGAGUUGCUGAUUUUGGGUUUGCUAAGUUGAUCCCUGAUGGGGCAACACAUGUGACUACAAAAGUUAAGGGUACCCUGGGCUACCUUGCACCAGAAUAUGCUAUGUUAGGUAAAGCAAAUGAGAGUUGUGAUGUCUACAGUUUUGGUAUUCUCCUUUUAGAACUCGCAAGUGGUCACAGACCAAUCAGAAAACUUAGUUCCACAAUGAGAAGAUCAAUAGUUGAUUGGGCAUUGCCAUUGGUUUGUGAGAAGAAAUUUAGUGAACUUGCUGAUCCGAGACUAAAUGGUAACUAUGUGGAGGAAGAGCUUAAAAGAGUUGUUUUUGUUGCACUUAUAUGUGCUCAGGAUCUACCUGAAAAGAGACCCACCAUGCUUGACGUGGUAGAGCUACUGAAGGGAGAAUCUAAAGAUAAAUUUUCUCAUAUAGAGAACAGUGAAAUGUUCAGAAACCCUCUAGCUGUAGAAUGCAAUGAUGGGACAUCAGCCACUGAAGAAAGUUUAGACUACAUCUCAGAAGAAAAAGAAUUAAAACAUGAGUUGAAAGAGAAAACUGAGGUAUAAAUGAUACUAUGGAGAAGAAAACUUAAUAUACAGGUUGAUGUGUUUAAUACAGUUUGUGAAGGGCUUUUUUUUCUUGCAUGGCAACACUGGGCAGUGUUUACUGCAUGCGUAAUUGUAUGUGUGUUUGGGUCUUGUCUGUUUGUGUAGUGUUUUGUUCCCUUUGUACUUACCAAUUUCAUAUCUGCACCAUGUUUCACCCUUGUUAGUUGUUACCAUAUUGUAUUGCUAUUAAAUUUUGUUGAACUAUGCAAUAUUAGAAAUUGUCAAUAUUUUCUCAAGUUUAUUUCU